AUGCCGGAGUGGGCCAGCGAGCUGCGACUGCGCGGGGCCUGCCUGGCGGGCAAGCCCGGCCUCAUUGUGAUCGAGGGCGACUCGCAGCGCGUGCGUGAGUUCGUUAGGAAGAUGACAGCACAAAACGCUUUCCGGCGUUCAAGGAGGUCACCUUCGACGGCCUGA